CAUGCUUCCAGACCGCGAUGUUGUUCCUGAUCUUACCAGAGAUCUGUAAUGGCAGACGUUUUUGUCACUUUUGGUAACUUCGCCACGAAGUAGACAGCGAUCUAGUAGAUCAGCCCCGUCUUUGAUUUCCAUUCCCGUUUAUAAGUGUAGAGCCACAUACAAUCAGACUAAAGAAAAUCUUCUAGUAUCAUGGCAGACGCCGGCGGAGAGAUGGAAGUUCUGGUCCAGAACCUGCAGAUGAUGGGAUUUUCUGCCGAGCUGUCCCAGGCUGCGGCCCUUCUGUGUGGCAGUACCGACGUCGAGCGCGCUUUGGACUUGAUCGAGACCAUAUCAAAUGUAAAAAUGUCUGGGUCUGGAAACUUGUGAUGCAAGUCAGGGAAAAAUGCGCAUACUGUAAUGCACUGCCAAGCAUGACAAGUUUUUCCGUGGUUCAGAGUUGCGUACUCCGCAUGAGAAGCUGCGUUUUUGCAUGACAUGCAAGAGAAGCCUUUUGCGGCCACGCAAUACAGAGCUCAGAGUCAUGCCGGACUAGCAUGAGAAAUCCCGGAAUCUUCCAGACCCAGACAUUUUUACAUUUGAUAGACCACGCCCGCGGAGGCGUUGAUCGCCCAGGCCAAGUUCAAUCUGGCAGGAGCUGAUAACGACGAGGACGAGGACGAUGACGGACCCGAAUACAAGGCCGUUUUCGUGGUGCGCAAAGACUUGCAGAUGUCCCCUGGCAAAGUCGCGGCCCAGGUAGCGCACGCCGUCCUGGCACUAGUGCACCGUAAUCCCGCGCAAAACCAGCAGCAAGUCCAGGCGUGGCAGAUCACCGGUGAGAAGAUCGUCGUGUGCGAAUGUGCGGACGAGCAGGCAUUCGCAGAGCUCAAACGAAAGGCCCAGGAAUGCAAUGUCCUGUACGCAUCUUGUGUUGACGCGGGGCGAACGGAGGUGGCACCGGAGUCAGAGACCGUAGUCGGGUUUGGCCCGGCCCCGGAGGAGAUAGUAAACCAGGUCACCGGCAGACUCGCAUUGCUGAAGUAGUGGCCCUUAUUUUUGCAGAAAUCUUGACUCCGCGGAUAACGACAUAGCACGCUACGAGGAACAGUACAUAGC